CCCAUUUCCUGUACCAGACGAAGCACGAGUGCAGCUUCCUCAACGGGACGCGGCGGGUGCAGUUCCUACAGCGCUACAUCUACGACCGGCAGGAGUAUCUCCGCUUCGACAGCGCCCGCGGGGAGUUCGAGGCCGUCACGGCGUUGGGGAAGGAGGAUGCCCGGGCUUGGAACAGGAAUCAGCGCAUCCUGCUGGACGCGAAGGCCUCCGUGGAUUACUUCUGCCGAAACAAUUACGGGGUUUCCCAGAGCAAUUCCGUGGUUGGCCGGAGAGAAUAUUAUACCAAAUAUUAUAUUUUUCGGGGGGUGGGGGAUGAGGAAUCCAGCAAGUACCCCGUGGAGAUCGAGGUCCGGUGGCUGAAGAACGGGCGGCCGGAGGAGGAGGGCGUGGCCUUCGGGGAGGAGCUCCAGAACGGAGACUGGACCUACCAGCUCCAGGUGAUGCUGGAGACCCAGCCCCAGCGG